UUAUAGUCAACAUGACUUGCAGCCACGUUUGUUGUAAUUUUUUAAACAUGUGGAAAAAAAGAAAGAUAUCGACCAUGUAUUACCUUAACCAAGAUGCCAAAUUAUCUAACUUGUUUCUCCAGGCAAGCAGCCCAACCACAGGGACAGCUCCCAGGAGCCAGUCAAGAUUGUCUGUCUGUCCAUCCACUCAGGACAUCUGCAGAUCUGCCCUCUUGCAUGACAUGUCAGAAGAUGCUUUUGAGCAAUGCACGCCUGCCAUGGUGCUGAGCCCUGCUAGGAAAGAGUCUGGUAAGAAAUCAGUAAAACAGAGGCCUAGGAGGAGGAAAAGGGCCUCUGAGAGAUAAGAGUGUGCAGACGAACAAAUAAAAGGGAGAAGAAAUGAUUUUCAACUGCAGAUCUCGAGCCCCAGGUGGAGUGAGCUUUGUGAUUCCUCAGAUUCAUCUCCCAUAGAUGAGAGUCCUUGGAUGCAGGCCAAAAGAAGAGCCCAAGUGAAAUUCCAACUGUCACAAAGAAGGAGAAAUAAUAAUAAAUCAUGUGGAAGCUUGGAUGGGUCUUCUGCUCCUAAUGGAAUUGAUCUGGUAAAUUUGGGAUCCAAAGGUAAAAAGCAACAAGAACUGACUGAAUGUGAGAGUUGCUCUUUAAACCUCUGCAGAGGAAAAUGCCCCUGGGACCAAGAGUGCAGUCUUUCCCUGCCUAGAGGACCCUAUGAGAUUAAGAGAUCCUCAAGGCACCAUGAAGAAAGCAAAGGCAGAUACCACCACAGGGAUCCACAGCUCUUGCAUAGUCUUAGGCAAAAUGAGGCAAUCAAGAAAAGAUUUUCAGAAACAGAUUCCAGCACUGAAAUAUUGGCAGUAACAGAAGGCGGCAAGUCUAUGAGUGAUGCAGGGUUCCAGGUGAAUGAUGUUCAGAAGCCUCCUGCCAGCUACCAUGACGGGUCUGAUAAUUUAAAACUAUGCAGGAUCUGUCACUGCGAAGGGGAUGAAGAGAGCCCUCUCAUCACACCCUGUCGCUGCACGGGCACUCUGCGCUUUGUCCACCAGUCCUGCCUCCAUCAGUGGAUCAAGAGCUCAGACACGCGCUGCUGUGAGCUCUGCAAGUAUGACUUCAUAAUGGAGACCAAGCUCAAGCCCCUCCGGAAGUGGGAGAAACUACAGAUGACCACGAGUGAAAGGAGGAAAAUAUUCUGCUCUGUCACAUUCCACGUCAUCGCCAUCACCUGUGUGGUGUGGUCCUUGUAUGUCUUAAUAGAUCGGACAGCGGAGGAGAUCAGGCAAGGCAAUGACAAUGGUGUCCUAGAAUGGCCAUUCUGGACAAAACUGGUUGUGGUGGCCAUCGGCUUCACAGGCGGUCUUGUCUUCAUGUAUGUACAGUGUAAAGCCUACGUCCAGUUGUGGCGCAGGUUGAAGGCCUACAACCGUGUAAUCUUUGUGCAGAACUGCCCAGACACUGCCAAAAAGCAGGAGAAGAGCUUCUCGUGUAACGUAAACACGGACACCAAGGAUACGGUCGUGGUGCCCGUGUCACAAACGGGUCCAAAUCCCCUGCCCUCCGCAGAAGACGGCCCUCCGGAUGUGAUGCCGGUGUGAUUGAUGCAACAGGUGGGAGUUCCUUCAAUGAAGAUCUUUCUAACCCUCGGCCACAACAAAUGACAGAGAUGGUCCUGAAUUACUCACUUUCUGUAUCUUCUCCUCUUUCUCUCACCGACUCAUUUCCCUUAUUUGGCUUAGAAAGGAAAGGAGGAGAAGACACCAAAUGACCAAGACCCCAUGCAACAGAGUCUGAAGUGAUACAGAAACGUGACAAGUUUGCUGAAGAGUAGUAGCCUCUGAAAGGAUUAAAAGUCGCCGGAGCAAGGAAUACUUUCAGGCAACGUUCAUCAUCAGACCAAAUGGGCACAUGAGUCUUCACAGUAGCAGGGGAGAGUUUAAGAAUAAAGACUUGAAUUGCAAUGUGUAUUUCUUCUAAGGUCUCGUAAUGUUAACUAUCUCAUCUGGAAAUAGCAAGCAUAGUUGGUUUUAAGCUUGAAAUUGUCCACAAUGUCCCUCAGGCACAUCAGAAGCACACUCGGAGGAUGCAUCUUUGAUAUUCACACUUUGACAGAGAACAGAAUUUGAUGGCAUUAGUGCAGUCCAGUUGUUUUGACAGAUGCAUGAUUUUAAAAGACACAGUAUACAUUUGAAGAUAUUAAUACUUGGAAUUCUAUUUAAAUGGUGAACAAAAGAUUUUUCAGAGAUUUUGGGGGGGAUUAUUUGGCUGUUAAAUAUCCACAGAAGUUGAAAUCAAGUCUCAGGUUCCAUAUUUUAUCUGGACCCUCUAAAACAGUAUAGUCUAGCAGAAGUGUAAUGUGAUCUACAAGUGCAGGCUACCUAUGUAAAUUCAAAAAUUUUUAGCAGCCCCAUUGGAAGCUUUUAAAAGAAAUAGAUGGAAUUAAUUUUGAGAAUGUCUUUUAUUUGACCCUAUGUAUUCAAGUUAUUUCAACAUGUCAUCAAUAUUAAAAAUUAUUGACUCUGGCUGGGUAGCUCAGCUGGUUAGAGGAUGGUCACGCAGGUUUGAUCCCUGGUCAGGGCACAUACAAGAAUCAACCAAUGAAUGCAUAAAUAAUUGGAACAACAAAUCGAUGUUUCUCUCUCUAAACUCAAUAAAAAAUUAUUGAGGUAGUUUAGUUCUCUUUUUAUGAACCAAGUCUUUGAAAUUCAGUAUGCAUUUUAUCCUUACAGCAUAUCUCAAUUUGAAUUAACCAUAUGGGCUUAGCACAGCCCUACACUUGGAGACUGAGCCUCUGAUUCAUUCAACAGUUGAAUACUUCACAACAGCAGCUUAAUUCACUCUUUCACUCAAAGUCUCACAAAUGUUAUAAUUUUACAAAGAACUAAAUCAAAUUAAAUAGGCUGGUUGAAAAGUUAGAUGAAGUCACUAAAGGAUGAAAAAACGAAAGUAUAGAAAGAUACAGCAAUCUGCCUGGGGCAAGGUUCUGAAAGUAACUUAUUUGCUAUGAUGAAGCACUUCUGAAGGGGAAAAUAACAAUUAAAUAUUUUGUUAUUAAGUCAAAUGUAUAAGGCUUUUUUAAAAAAAAAUCCAUACAAUGUGUCAACUUGACAGAUGAAUAGUUAAGCAUUUAGACUCUAUUUUUAAAAGCUGACAGUAUUUCCCUUGCUCAGCUGGGAAGCAAAAACAUUCGACGGAUUCUGUGAUAAGUAAUAAAUUGAGUUGUUUAGGUUUGACAGUUCAGUUGAUUAUUGUGUUCUUUGCAUAUUCAUGUAAAACUGAAGUGUGAAUGAUGUUGCAGUGAGCUAGACUAAUGAUUAUAGAUAUAGUGGCCUGUCAAACAAAGAUGUCUUACAUUUUAAAGAGGUGAUUUAUUUUUGUUAGCUGUCAUAUUUAUUAUUGUGAAAAGACAACCGUGAUGGCCAUAAGAACCAAAGCAUGGGUAUUGCAUUGCACAAAUCGGGUAUCACAUUGACGCACUUUGUAAUUAUCCUUGUGCUUGUUCUUCACUGAUUAUCAUAGGAAAAAGGGGAAAGAAAUAACCUUUUAAUGAGAAAGAUGAUAUGACUAUUAGUAGUGGCUGACACUGAGUCCAACAGUCCUGAUUCCUAGAAAUAAAGGGAAACAAUGUCUACCCUGUGUGUGUGUGUAUCCAUGUACAUACAUGAGAAAAACAUUCUCAUUCAGGCAGGAAACAAGGUUUAAAACUCAUCUUUCUUAAGACGUAUUGUAGGGAUGCGGAAUAAAGGCAAAGAGAAAACAAAGUUGAGGUAAUUAACCUGGACCAAAAUUUCUGUACGAAUAAGAACAUGAGCGGUGUUAAUAAAAAACAAGUACCUUAAACAAACUAAACUCCAUGCCCCCCUCCACCCAAGGGAUUAACCUUGAUUCAACUGAACUGUUAAUUUUCCUAAGCUUUUUACUAAUCCAUGUUUCCUAUGGUUUAGAGAUGGCAACAUGCUGUUUACCAAUAUUCGUGGGUGGAAAAAUCUAGCCACCAGCAAACAAAGAAAUGAUUUCUCUUUUGUUUGCUCUGGAAAGAAAAGGAUUGUUAGCACCACAAAUACUGUGUAUCUACUGUGCAGACCUAGGCAAGAUAGAUCAGUGCAUAGCUCAUUUCACAGUGGCAGAUGACUGGCUAAAAUAAGGCCUCGUGUAUUAAGGGCUUCCCUCAACACUAAGAACACAUUUCUGGGAUGAAAAGUGAAGGUGAGCAUUACUGUAUGAAUGACAAAAGAUGAUAGGGUAUUAUUUUAAAACCAUACCUAAAUUCUCAACAUGAAAUUGUACAGGCUUUGACUUUUUUUGCAAUGAGAAAAUAAUAGAGCUCCCUAGCAGGUUAAAAGUCAGUAUUUUAUUCUGCUAUUCUUCUGUUUUGAACCCUGAACUCCUGAAUUUAAAUCUAUUAAAAAAUUUUUCUGCAAUGGAUGUUUAUGGUUCCAUCUACUAGUAAUAGCUCUGUGCACUUGAAACCUAAUGUGGAUUCUUUUCCUCUAGUUCUGUGUGGCAAUGGUGCAUCUGCCCUUUCGAAGGAGUUGGCUUUGUAACAGGGCCUGUGUGGACUGGACAUACCCUUCAAAGAGAAGAGCUGCUCUCUAGGAGACGCUUCUUCCGAAGCACGUGUCCCUGCUCAUGGAAGAAACAAAAUGGGAUUGAAACAAAGGACUGACACUGAAGAAUGAGCUGACAGUUCUAUUCAAAACUGGAAUUUUAUAAUCAUGAACCUGUGGUAUUACCCAUCCCAUACAUCACAUAGAUUUAUGCUGUUAAUUUUUUUUUAAAUAACUGCCACUUUUAUUGUAUAGGAUCAAAGAUUAAAUUAUAAAGGAUUGAGAUUCGGGUAUCUUUUUAAAAGUAAAGUGCAAAGGGCCACGAAGCUUAAGUACAAACACAAACCAAAAUAGAAAAGAAAAAACAAACAAAACAGAAAUGAUCCCAUCAACCUGAGAUAGCAAUGGACAACUGAAAGAAGAUGAGUCUCUAUACUGAAUGCCCCAGGAUUAAAUCUUCACUCUCAGCUGCUGGUACAUGUGAUUCUAGUCCCAGAGAGAUGGCCCCAUAGUUACAUUUAUCUUGUGCAAAAGGUCCUUGGGUUCUCCUCAAACAGUGAGGCUUUGGUUCGGAGAUGAGCUAAUCAGAGCAAUGACAUUAUCAUCAUUGUCACUGGGGUGAGAUGGGGAAGAUUGUCCCAUCUGCCUGGCACAGUUUACCUAGCCUUGCCUUGCCAAUGAAUAUUUUGGAACAAAGUGGAGCUAUUAAAACUCAUUAUUAUCAUUAUUGUAGUUGUUAUGUAAUAAUGAUGUAGGACUCAUACUUUAAGAAAGAUGAAAACCUUUUUUCUUUCCUUAAAUCAGCCCAAAGGUGCUAUUUUACAUAUCAAUACAGUUGAAAGGACAUCCUGUUAUUUUGGGCUGUUUCCUCGCAUCUGAUGAAAGCCCGCUUUGAGAUUGGAUUUUGCAUUUAAACAAACAAGAAACAAUUAUUUUGACUGUGUGCAAUUUUUGAGGUUGAGCAUUUGUACUUUUUUGGUUUUACCUAAUUCUCUUGCAUUAACACUUUACUGUUUUGUGAAUAAUGUGUAUUAAGACUUAUUAAGGAAAAGAUAAUUAUCUGUGAAAGAUUUGUAUAUUAAACAAGUGACUUGUA